CCUACGGCUCGGUCAUCUGCAGGUGGCUUUAUGCAAGAGCAAUUUGACAUUUCUCUUAUCUACUCGCCAUUUUUUAACAGUUUAUGAUUUGUGAAUCAAAACUACUUAUGAAGCAAAUAUGAGAAAGGGCAGAAAGCGUGAAGAAUACGUCGAUGGGCAGAGGGAUGUUCGUGAUGAAUGGGAGUUGAUUUGCUGUGGUUUCCGCUUGGUUGAGAGGUCAACGGCCAUGAAGAAUACGAAACUAUGAAACGAACCUUUUGUAUUGAAAGAUGCUGUAUUCUAAAAGCUAUAAGCAAUUCGACAGUUUUAAUAGCAAAGCACUUAGAAUAGCUAUUGUUUUAACCAUGUUUUUAUUAUCAGUAGUAAUAUUUAGCUACGGUGGGAGAAACAAGGAAGAUGGCUUUGUCCAUACAGCAAGACGUGUGUCCCCGAGAAGACGCUUCUGCAAGGGAUGCAAAAAAAGUCUAGAAACAUUACGAGUCAACGGAGUAAAUGGUUUAAAUUGUUCUGUAUUGCUGCAGAACAAAAUCGAGGAGUUAGAACGACGAUUGAAGCACUAUCAGAAACUCAACAAACUCACUGAAGCCGACUCUUUGGUGAACCAAUACGGAAACAAAGUAAGACAAAACAUUCUCCUUAUUUCUGGAGAGCAUUGCGGUAGCUCUCUACUUGGUGAAAUCUUCAAUCAACAUCCUCAAAUAUUCUAUACAUACGAGCCUGUGAAGUCCCUUAGUUAUUAUCGCGAAAACCGACCAGAGAGUGUCUAUGACACGAUGGUCACCCAUUUACUCAACGGCAUUUUCCAUUGCGACUUUAGAGAGUUGUCAUACUUUACAGACUUUAUAUCGCUCCAGUAUAGUUCCCUGUCUCAUAGACUUGCGAGCCGAGCGCUCUCGGCGCCUCCUCUUUGCCCCGAGUAUAACAACCUACAUUCGUUCUCGAUUCGCAUGUGUACUCGACUGCGCCCCGAGACUGUCACCGCCAUUUGCAACCUUCAUCGUCACACAGCGAUCAAGUCGCUUGACGUUGAGUUUAUUCACAAGCUUUCGUACCUAAUGGAUACUGUUGGUCCCGCGGACUAUGCUCUUAGAGUUGUCCAUUUGGUGAGAGACCCACGGGCGCUGAUCGACGCUAAAGUUAAACUCGAUAGCAAUGAGAACUUCACCAUGGCAACUCUGCGCACGCACACGCAGAAGCUCUGUAAAAAUUUACUACUAAACAUCAAAUACGCUGUAAGUGCACCACCUUGGCUCAAGGGUCGCUACACGUUGCUAAGAUACGAGGACCUCGCUACAAAGCCUCAGCAAAUAGCCGAACAAUUAUACCAGUUCGUCGGGAUCACGAUCGCGCCGCAGGUGCGACGGUAUAUCGAUCGCGCGUAUCGCGAACCGGUCGUGUCAUAUUCGGGUUCGUCCGCUCAGCCCGAGACUUCGUCUAGGAACUUGUCGGAGAGUGUAUAUAAGUGGAGGUUACGGAUGCCGUACUCUAUCGUACGGAUGGUGGAGACCGAGUGCUAUGAGGUGAUGAAUCUCUUGGGAUACAAGGUCGUGGACGACCUGGAGGAGUUGCGUACUGUCUCUAUUCCUCUUAUAGAUUAGUUAGCUUGUAUACAAAUUAUGAAACUCUUCGUGGACGACCUGGAGGAGUUGCGUACUGUCUAUAUUCCUCUUAUAGAUUAGUUAGGUUAUAUACAAAUUAUGAAACUCUCAACCAAUAAAAAACAAAAUAUAGUACUAUA